UCAGUGCAGUUCUCUGCUGCCCCGCCGGUGCCCGCCCUGAGCCUGCACCCUGUCUCACGUUAGCCCGCUGUCGCCAUGACAUCCACCUGUACCAACAACACGGGCGAAACCAACAGCAGCCACACGUGCAUGCCCCUCUCCAAAAUGCCCAUCAGCCUAGCUCACGGCAUCAUUCGCUCCAGCGUGCUGCUUAUCUUCCUCACUGCCUCGUUCAUCGGCAAUGUAGUGCUGGCACUUGUGCUGCAGCGCAAGCCGCAGCUGCUGCAGGUGACCAACCGCUUCAUCUUUAACCUCCUUGUCACUGACUUGCUGCAGAUUUCUCUCGUGGCCCCCUGGGUGGUGGCUACCUCCGUGCCUCUCUUCUGGCCUCUCAAUAGCCACUUCUGCACUGCCCUCGUUAGCCUCACCCACCUGUUCGCCUUUGCCAGCGUCAACACCAUUGUCGUGGUGUCGGUGGAUCGCUACCUGUCCAUCAUCCACCCUCUUUCCUACCCGUCCAAGAUGACCCAGCGCCGCGGUUACAUGCUUCUCUACGGAACCUGGAUUGUGGCCAUCCUGCAAAGCACACCCCCACUAUACGGCUGGGGCCAGGCUGCCUUUGAUGAGCGCAAUGCUCUUUGCUCCAUGAUCUGGGGGGCCAGCCCCAGCUACAUGAUUGUCAGCGUGGUGUCCUUCAUCAUCGUUCCACUGAUUGUCAUGAUUGCUUGCUACUCUGUGGUGUUUGGUGCAGCCCGGCGUCAGCAUGCUCUGCUGUACAACAUCAAGAGUCACAGUUUGGAGGUGCGGGUCAAGGACUGUGUGCAGAAUGAGAACGAAGAAGGGGUGGAGAAGUCUGAGUUCCAGGGUGAGAGGCAUUUUCACCACCAAGAUGAAGGUGAGGCCAAGGCCAAGCACGGCAGCAUGGAGACCGAAGAGGGUAGCAUAGAAACCAAGCACUGCAGCAUGAGGGCCAAGGAAGGAAACACGGAGACCAAUAAGAGUAGCUUGGAGGCCAGUGAGGGCAGCAUGGAGGGUCAGGAAGGUGGCAGUGAAGUUGAGGUGAGCAGCACUAAAGCAGACAAGGGCUGCACAGAGGUCAGCCAGUGCAACAUUGACUUGGGUGAAGAUGACAUGGACUUUGGUGAAGACGGCAUCAAUUUUGGUGAGGCUGAUGUUGAGGCAGUGAAUAUUCCAGAGAGCCUCCCACCCAGCCGUCGAAACAGCAACAAUGACCCUCCUCUGCCCAGGUGCUACGAAUGCAAAGCUGCUAAAGUGAUCUUCCUCAUCAUUUUCUCCUACGUGCUAUCCCUAGGGCCUUACUGCUUUCUAGCAGUCCUGGCUGUGUGGGUGGAUGUCCAAACCCAGGUACCACAGUGGGUGAUCACCAUAAUAAUCUGGCUUUUCUUCCUGCAGUGCUGCAUCCACCCUUACAUCUAUGGCUACAUGCACAAAACCAUCAAGAAGGAAAUCCAAGAUAUGCUAAAGAAAUUCUUCUGCAAGGAAGAGCCCCCAAAAGAAGACAGCCACCCAGAUCUGCCUGGAACUGAAGCUGGCACAGAGGGUGGAACUGAAGGCAAGGUUGUCACUUCCCAUGAUUCUACUAUCUUGCCUUGAGCAAACCUUGAACUGUUCACAAUACAGAAAACACAAGCAGCUUUCUUUUCAAUGAAUUACCCACAAUCCUAUUAAUGCCAACCCAUACCAUUCUAGGCAAAGAUGUUGUGCACACAUCGUUUUCACCAGAAGGUAGAUAAGUACAUGUAGGAAGUAGGAACUUGCAUCUUCCCUUAAGGGUAUGCCCUUGAAAACGUGGACUUGAAUUUCUUACUGAAAUUUUCCCCUAAAAAAUUAUUAGGCUCUAAAUUUCUUCAAGCAACAAGGGCUAGCCAUUUUGGAUCUAUGCUUGGUAUUCUGUCUGUCUCCCCAGGGCUAUAUCGUGCCUGCUUUAAUUCUUAGGGAAAGGGAAGAUGAUGUUUGUGAACUUAUGGACUUUUGGGCCCUCAGGUUGGCCGCUCAAGGGCCAGGGCCACAGUUCAAGUUCAACUGAGAGAAGAGCAAUGGAUCAAGUCAUUCGUGGAGUCCAAGAAGCAGAACCUGACAGACUGAUCAAUGCAGGAGCCAAAUUCUAAACUGAGAAGCCCUACAAUGUGAUGCAGAGACUAUUGUGCAAACUGAAGCAAAUGAGUGUUGUGCAGUUAGAAUACAAAGAAAGUUUCUUGAUCCCCUAAAGGGAUCCAGAAUAGUAAAAGGGCAUUUAUGGAAUGGGAAGCCAGCCCAAGGGAGAAAAUACAGAAAUAACAUAUAUCCAUGGGGCUAAAUUGUUGAUUUCUUUUUCCUAUGAAGUAAUGGGUUUAUGCAUGAGCUGGGACUCAAGUCACUCCAUACAAAUGGAAAAAUUGCCAAUUAACACUAAAUUAUGUUCUAGCUCCUAUCUAAAUAAUAGUGGGACAGAAAUUGUGCCACUGUUUUACAAUUUCCUCUUUGUGACUGAAUUGAGAUGCUCUAACAAUCCUCCAGAUCUCUGCCAAUCGCUUGUGCUUUGCUUUGUUCAAAUAGGCCUUUCUGGUAAAACAGUAUUUCCAGAAGAAAAAGGAAUUCAACUAAGAGCAGCCAAAGCCCUACAAAAUUCACACUGCCAAUCAAGAGUAUUGUGCCAAUCAGAAAUCUUUUUUGUGUCUGUGAGGAUCAAGUAAGGUACCAUGAGCACUUUCUGUCCUCCAGGCUCACCCACAGAGAUCCUUUCCACCUCUGGCACUCUCUUAAGCUAUUAAAGCUCUCUGUAGAUGUGGGAGAGAAAUAUAAAAG